AUGAAACGGGAUGGCAUGCCCGCGCCCCAGCAGAGCAGAAAGAAGACGAAAGCUGGUGUCUACACAUCUGACGUGACAUGGGAGGCGCUGGCCUCGGUGUUCCAUCUGCCGUGCGCACAGGCGUGCCUGGCGCUCGGGGUCGGUCUGACCAUCUUCAAGCGCAUCUGCCGCAAGCACGGCCUCCACCAGUGGCCCUACCGCUCCCUCAAGAAGCAGCGCACCAUGUCGCGGGAUGGCAAGCUGGAGGGCGCCGAUAUCCUGCGCAUUGUGACAGCCUGCCGGUACCCCAAUGUGGGCUCCCAGCAGCAGCAGGCGCGACAGCAGUCAUCGCCGCCACUGCCACUGCCAGAGCUCGCCCCACAGCCCCUGCAGCCAUCGCCCCUGCAGCGCACAGAGCAGCACCAUCACCAGGAGCAGCAGGCUGCCCACGCAUCCAAUCCAGAUGUGGACAGCAGCGGCAGCAGCGGCAGCAAGGUGCAUCGGCAGCAGGAAGAGGCGGGAGGCAACCUGGAGGAUAUCUGCAGCGUUGACAGCCGGCAGCGCAAGCGGCGGGGCUCCCCGCUGCAGCAGCAAGUGCGGCGGCCUCCUUCGCCACCGCAGGCGCAGCAGCCAGACAUGCAGGGCACACGGGGUGCUGCCGGGGAUAGCAGUCAUACCAGACAGCAGGGGCUCGGCGGGGACCGGCCAGCAAGCCGCCUGGAUGUCCCGCUGCCUUCUGAGGCAGCGGCUGAGGCAGAUGCGGGACCAGAGCAGGACGCCCAGCAGCAGCCGCCGCAGCAGCAGCCAGCAAGCACCCAGACCCUCCCGACAAUGCUGCCCGGCCUCUCACUGCUGCUGGGGCCGCAGCUGCCAACACUGCAGGCGGUGACUGCUGCGCUGAGCGGCGCGCAGCAUCAGAGUCCAGGCGCAGAACAGGCACCUGCUGCCAGCCAGCUUCAGCAGACAGCAGAGAUGCUGAACCAGCUGGCAGACUUCCUGGACGCUCAGGCCAGGGCCGCAGCUGGCGCCGCGCUGGCGGGGCACCGACAGGGGCAGGCGGCUGCAGCACCGUCGGCAGACCUUCUGAUAUCCAGCCUCCUCAACAAUGCCGGUUGGGCAUCAGGCAGCCUGUCACUGCCGCUCUUUGGCACUGGCGGCAGCAGCAGCGGCAGCAGUAAUUUAUCAGCAGACUCUUCCGUUGCCUCUGCCAUGGCUUCACACCUGCAGCUGCAUGCCCUGCUGGAAGGGCUGCUGGCUGUCAGUGGCAAGCUGUUCACGCCAUCUGACCCCGGCCUGCCGCCACCCAUCAGGCGAGAAUUGCAGCCAACGGGCGCCAGGCAGCAGAAGUAG